GCUUUAUAACUCCCGCAGGCCCUUCCAAUUUAGAGUUGUGACUUCAUCGUCAACACGGCUUUGCGGACGCCGGUGGUUUGUCGACAACUAACUCAGCCCAGCAUGGCCUCAGACGACGAGAAACGCCCUACACCCAACAGGGGCGAGAGUAAUCGCAUCGACCGCCAGGUGACGCGGAGGACAUCGAGUAGUUCGGACGGACCGAGAUUUGAACCCAUUCGCACCCGGAAAACCCGAGAUAGCAUCGAUUACCAGUUCGAACAUGACGAUCAAGCUGCCACCCGAGUGGAAAUGGCCAGGCUCGCCUCGGUCUUGUCUGGCACUGGGGUGUCGAGGGCGAGCACGGCAUCGGGACUUCAGCGUGUCGACACCGUCGCUGGCAUGACAAUGGACUCUCCUGAGUUCGAUCCAAACAGUGCUUCUUUCAAUUUCUACCUUUGGCUGAGAAAGUUUAUGCAGCUUCUCGCGGAGAACGGCAGUCGAAGAACAGGCACGGGCUUCACUUUUAGAAACCUGAAUGUUUCAGGCAAAGGCGCUGCGAUCCAACUUCAAAAGAACGUCGGCUCGCUCUUCAUGCUACCAUUUCGUCUGAGAGAAAACUUUGGGCAUCCCCCGGAAAAGAAGAUCUUGCGCAACUUCAACGGCCACGUCAACAGUGGGGAGCUGUUGAUCGUCCUCGGACGACCAGGCAGCGGAUGCUCUACCUUUCUAAAAUGCAUUUGUGGAGAACUUCAGGGCCUCGAUGUCUCCAAAGACUCGAGCAUCAGCUACAGUGGGAUUCCUCAAGACAUUUUCCUCAAGGAAUUCAAAGGCGAGGCCAUCUACAACCAGGAGAAUGAAAAACACUUUCCUCAUUUGACAGUGGGAGAAACGUUGAAUUUCGCUGCUGCAUGUCGCACUCCAUCAUCACGGGCGCUUGAUAUACCUCGAGCAGACUGGGCCAAGUACAUGGCUUCCGUGAUGAUGAACAUCUUUGGACUAUCCCACACUCGCAACACCAAGGUAGGAGAUGAUUUCGUCCGUGGUGUCAGUGGUGGCGAACGAAAACGUGUCAGUAUUGCCGAAAUGGCACUUGCAGGUCCGCCCAUUGCUGCGUGGGACAACUCGACCAGAGGUCUGGACUCUCAAACGGCUCUCGAGUUUGUUCGAUCUCUGCGCCUCUCAGCCGAUAUUGGAUCGAUAACGUCUCUUAUUGCCAUCUAUCAAGCAUCACAAGCAAUCUAUGACCUUUGUGACAAAGCCAUUGUUCUUUACGAAGGUCGACAGAUCUACUUUGGCCCGACAGACGAAGCUCGGCAAUACUUCGAAGACAUGGGAUGGUAUUGCCCACCUAGGCAAACCACUGGUGACUUCUUGACCUCUGUGACAAACCCUAGGGAAAGACAGCCUCGCGAAGGGUUUGAAGACCGAGUGCCUAGAACAGCCGAAGACUUUGAACGAUACUGGUUGCAAAGUAAUCAGCACAAAUCGGCCAUAGAAGAGGCUGAGCACUCUCAAGAAGCGCAAACCGAUGGCAGCGAGGCACUGGAGAACUUCAGAGCCCAUCACAAACAGAUCCAGGCUAAACACAUGCGGCCGAAAUCUCCAUAUGUCAUUAGUAUUCUGAUGCAAGUACGGCUCUGCACCACGCGAGCCUACCAACGGUUGUGGAACGACAAAGCCUCUACCAUAGCGGUCAUUUUCAGCCAGAUAGCGCAAGCUCUCAUCAUCGGUUCGGUCUUCUACGGGACACCACUGUCAACAGGGAGUUUCUUCGCCAAGGGCUCCGUUCUUUUCUUUGCAGUCUUACUCAGCGCGUUGCAGUCGAUUGUGGAGAUCAAUACUUUGUAUGCCCAGCGACCGAUCGUGGCUAAGCACAAGUCAUUCGCAUUCUAUCAUCCAUUCACCGAGGCUGUGGCCGGAAUUGUGGCAGAUUUACCCAUCAAGUUCUGCGUGACGACAAUAUUCAACAUCAUCCUCUACUUUCUCGCAGGACUACGCAGGGAACCGUCCCAAUUCUUCAUCUUCUUCCUGUUCAACUUCAUGGCCAUGUUGACCAUGUCGGCCAUCUUCCGCACCACCGCAGCUGCAACCAAGACCAUCUCCGCCGCCUUGGCCAUCGCUGGAAUCAUGGUCCUUUGGAUCGUCAUAUAUACGGGCUUCACGCUGCAGCGGUCCUAUAUGCAUCCUUGGUUCAAAUGGUCUUCCUGGGUGAAUCCAAUCGCUUAUGCAUUCGAGUCACUACUGGUCAACGAAGUCCACGGACGCGAGUUUCCCUGCGCUCCUACCAGCCUGGUUCCUCCUUACGGAGAAGGACAAAACUUCCAGUGCGCGGUACCAGGGGCGGUCGCGGGUGAGGUCAACGUGUCUGGAGAUGCUUGGGUCCAAACAGCCUAUGGAUACUCAUACACCCAUAUUUGGCGGAACUUGGGCUUUCUCUUUGCCUUUAUGAUCUUCUUCUACGCCCUAUAUUUCUUCUUCUCCGAGAUCAACUCAGAUUCGACUUCGACUGCUGAGUUUCUGGUCUUCCGAAGAGGACACGUCCCCAAGACACUGGUGGCCUCGGAGACAAAGGACGUUGAGAAAGGAAAGGUUGAUGGGAAAGCUCCGUCGUCCAACGAUGCUAGCGAUGACCAGCAAGCUGAAAAUGUCAAGGCCCUCCCUGCACAGAAAGACAUCUUCACCUGGCGAAAUGUCACACUCGACAUCAAAAUCAAGGGAGAACCCCGCCGACUACUGGACGGCAUUUCUGGCUGGGUCAAACCAGGGACAUUGACAGCUCUGAUGGGUACUUCAGGCGCAGGAAAGACAACACUUCUUGAUGCACUGGCACAGCGGAUCAGCAUUGGAGUUUUGACGGGAGACAUGCUUGUCAACGGCAAAGCCCUUGAUGCAUCAUUCCAACGCAAGACCGGCUACGUGCAACAGCAGGAUCUGCAUCUCGAAACCACGACUGUGCGUGAAGCUCUCCGAUUCUCCGCAUAUCUUCGCCAGCCAGAGUCCGUGUCCAUUCAAGAGAAGAACGAUUUCGUUGAAGAAGUGAUCCAAAUGCUCAACAUGGAGGACUUUAGCGAAGCCAUUGUCGGCAAUCCGGGCGAAGGUCUCAACGUGGAACAGCGCAAGCUACUAACAAUCGGCGUGGAAUUGGCGGCGAAGCCAGCACUCCUGAUCUUCCUGGACGAGCCGACAUCCGGAUUAGAUUCACAGAGCUCCUGGUCAAUCGUUGCGUUCCUGCGAAAACUUGCCAACGCCGGUCAAGCGGUGCUAUGCACGAUUCACCAACCUUCAGCCAUUCUGUUCCAAGAGUUCGACCGUCUACUCUUCCUCAUGAAGGGCGGUAAAACCAUCUACUUUGGAGAGGUUGGACAGAACUCACGCACUCUCCUCGACUACUUUGAAAGAAACGGUGCUCCCCGGUGUGACGACGACGCCAAUCCAGCAGAAUACAUGCUUGACAUAUGUGGCAAGAAAUCCGAUCGCGACUGGAGUGAGGUCUGGAAGACGACGCCUGAAGCCAAAGAGGUUCAAGCCGAACUCGACCGCAUCCAUGCAGCUAAGAAGGACGAGCCGUCCAAUAGCGAGGACUCGGCUUCUCAAUUUGCCGUGUCGCUGACGACGCAAAUCCGAUACGUCACUAUCAGAGUGUUCCAGCAAUACUGGAGAACCCCCGACUAUAUUUCCGGAAAGUUCUUGCUGGGCAUCAUGGCCGCUCUGUUCGUUGGGUUUUCAUUCUUCUUACAAAACUCAAGCUCCACCGGUUUACAGAAUACUUUGUUUGCGAUUUUCAUGCUUCUCACGAUCUUCUCCACACUGGUGCAACAAAUCAUGCCACGGUUCGUGAUCCAACGAUCUCUGUACGAAGUUCGAGAACGACCAUCCAAGGCAUACUCAUGGGUUGCAUUCCUGAUCGCCAACAUCACCGUGGAGCUACCGUAUCAACUAGUGCUGGCCGUACUCAUGUGGUUGUCGUGGUAUUGGGCCGUAUUUGGCAAGAACCAGAGCACCGAGACCCAAGGCUUGAUGUUGCUGUUUGUGCUGCAAUUCAUGCUCUUCACUAGCACCUUUGCACACAUGAUCAUCGCCGCCAUGCCUGACGCUGAGACUGCCGGCAAUAUCGCCACUUUGCUCUUCAGCAUGAUGUUGACUUUCAACGGCGUGCUUCAAUCUCCCACCGCCUUGCCAGGGUUCUGGAUCUUCAUGUAUCGUGUAUCGCCCAUGUCGUACCUAGUGGCUGGUUGGGCUGGGACAGGCCUGGCAGGACGACUAGUCCACUGUGCCGAGAAUGAACUAGCCAUCUUUGAUCCUCCGUCUGGCUCGGACUGCCAGACCUACCUGGCGCCUUACUUUCAAGGAGGCGCACCGGGCCAGCUACUAAACCCAGACGCAACUUCAUCGUGCCAAUACUGUCCUCUGACGUCGGCCGACCAAUUCCUAGCCGUCAGCAAUAUCUACCCCGAUCAACGGUGGAGAAACUUUGGCAUUGGGUUUGCUUACAUCGGGUUCAACAUAUUCGCUGCCAUAUCACUUUACUACGUGUUCCGCGUCCGGAGAUUCAGCAUCAGCAGCCUCGCCAAAGGUCCAGCACGUAUUGCAGAUAUGGUCCUCAAUCAGGGCUUUAGAAGGUUGUUCGCGCGGCACGCCGAGCCCACACCCGCAGGGAAGGAGGCUCGCAACAACAAGGCAUUUUAGAGACAUGUUGUAGUCCAAAGGACAGAAAAGAGAACUCGAACUCCAAGUCUUCCAUUAUAGUUCCUCAACAUAUGCUAAUAUAACUCACUACUAUGCUUCACGAUGCUUUAGCCUCUCCCUCCCCUUCGCCCUCUGACGCCCUUUCCAGAGCCGCAAUGUCAAGCUUCUUCAUCCCCAUCAUCGCCACCAUGGCGCGGUCCGACUUCACACGGUCUGUUUGGCCUAGCAGUUCCGUCAUGCGAGUCGGAACCACCUGCCAGGAGACUCCAAACUUAUCCGCCAGCCAACCACAUUGCUGCUUUGCCAUGUCGCCGCCGUCGCCGAGUUUGUCCCAGUAAUAGUCGACUUCGUCUUGAUUCGCGCACAUGACUUGGAAUGAGACAGCCUCGUUGAAUUUGAACUCUGGGCCGCCGUUGAGCCCGAUGAACGGGUGGCCGUAGAGAGAAAACUCGACCACGAGCACAGAGCCGGGUCUCUGUUUGUGUGUCUCUUGUCCAGCUUCGGUGUAACGCUGAAUGUGGGUGAUUUGCGAGUUCUUGAAGAUGGAGACGUAGUAAUUGGCCGCUUCUUCAGCUUGGCCAUCGUACCAGAGACAUGUGACGAUUUUGUUGAGAGACAUUGUUCUAAACCCAACUUAUUUGGUGUCUUCUUGUGAUACGCCUCAA